UAGAAACAGGUUGAGGAUACGGCGGUGACGACUGUGCUCUGUUCUGAAGUAAAAAAAAAAGGGGGCUCCGAUGGCAGUUCUUCUUUUCAUUUGUACGGUCUUAUUAUGUGUAGUCACCAAAAACGAGGCAUGCUGGUGCACACAAGCCCACCCACAGUCAAGAUUUUGCAGUGCAGAUUUUGCCAUUCGCGCUAAGGUUUUGAACGAGUCUCGGGACAACAGCAGCAGAAUCUACACCCUCAAGGUCUUCAAAGCCUUCAAAGGAGGCAAGAAAAUUGACCGUAUCGCCGAGAUGCAAAGUGAACCGGGAAAACGCAGGAAAAACGUUGUCCAAGUCACAACAGAGCUCGACUCAACCGCUUGCGGCGUGCGCCUUCAGAUGUCUCAAGUCUACGUUCUGCUCGGCUACGUAGAGAUCCAACAUCGAAGACCAUCCAAACUAAAGAAGAGGUUGACGAUAGAAUCGUGCCAGUGGCACACGUUAUGGAACAACACCACUGCUCAACAACGUCGCGGGCUAAAGAAGAUUUAUGGAAAAUACUGCUCGUGUAAUAUUGACAAGUACUGUUUCAAAGAAAGACCAGAGCUCUGCACAAAUUUGAUUCAAGGAUGCCACAUACAAGGGAGCGAUGAUCGCAUGAAGGAUUGCAGAGCAAAGCAUUCUUACUGUGUGAAAGGCCGCAAAAAAUGUAGAUGGAUCGCGCCCAAAAAGGCCGAUUUCAAAAAAUGCAUGAAUGCUUGAAGACUUCAUUUCAAAAAAAGUCACAACAAGUAUUCUUGCUAAUCAUUUGGGUCUGUAAGUUGUAAACACACAAAGAGCGACGAAUAGAUCAGUCAUUGGAUCUAAAUCAAAAUUAAGGUUUUGUAAAUAAGUCAGGCUAGCUGAGAAAUAAAACAAAUAGGAACACCGACAACGACUAGAAAUCGUUGCUUUACAAUAUUAAGACAAAACCUUUUUAAGAAGGGAUUUCAACCGUUGAAAUAAAACUGUAUUCUGUUUGAAAGUU